GAAAUGAAGAGGGGAGAGAAAGAGACUGAGGCGGAUAUGAAACGAUCUCUGCAGAGGAAUUACAAAGAAAGUCAUUUAAGUCCCCUCCAGACCAGCUCUGCUGGCAGGAUGCAGAAAUUAAUGAUCAGCGUCCCGGCCUGAGAGAGCUGCCCCCAGAGGUGGCCGCGGGAGAAAAGAGUGAAGAGGGGCAAAGCUUAGGAGGCUAUUUCCACUGAAAUGGAUGCUCCCUAAGGAUGUGGGGAAAGGGGGUGGGAAUAUGCGGAUUGGGGGCGGGGGCACCAACGCGCUCCGGCGGACAAUCGGUCUCCCGCACCACCUGCUGCAAGGCUCGGCAAGGAAGGCGAAAACAGAACCCGGCAUCCCGCAGGUGUCCCCGGGACGGCGUUCUCCUAGGCUAGGCGACCAGGGCAGUGUCAAUGCACCCUCCAGCGGUGCGCGCAGGCGGGAGAAGCUGGGGGACGGCCGGGGUAAGCGCGACAGUCAAGGCAGUGUCCCUACCACACGCCCACCCAGACCGGCCAAGCCGAACUGGGUCUUGACGGAAGGCUUUCUCAGAGGAAGAGGAGGCACGGCUGCACAGGACACCGUAGGGAGCCUGCGGGUGUGGAACUUGGCCAGGCGCACGGGGAAUGCACGCCCCUCCUGACAGCCUCCCGGGGCGCCAGGCUUCAGCGGCCCGCAGCAGGACACCCUCAGUUGUGUGGGCCGGACCCAGUCGCUAGGGUACUGGCCAGUCCUGGAAGGCGCAGAAGACGCGGAGCCAGAAGGGUGCGUCCCUAUGCGCGAAGGGCCAACUGGCCACGCCGUCUCCCGACCCUAGUCCGCACCGGGCAGGUCCCCACGGCACCUGCUGCGCCUCCCCACCUCUGAAAACUACCAGUCCUCCCCCACCCCCCGGCGCCCCUUUCCCUAGAACGUGAGGAGGCGGGAGAGGAGGAAGGCAGGAAGGGGGUGGGGAAUCUAGAGAGAUGGUCCCAGCCUUCCCCGCCCGCCGGCCGCCACCCCCACCCCAACUCGGCAGCCGUCACGUGGUGCCUGGAGUGGGAGGUGGGGAGAAAAGGCGAGACUUUUGUGGGUGCUCCGGAUCGCCAGUAGUUCCUUCAGUCUCAGCCACCAACUCCGGAGGCGCGGCGCUCGGCCCGGGAGCUCGAGCAGGAGGAGCCGAGACCCGCAGCCGGGAGCCGGAGUACGGGCGAUGCAGGAGCCGCGAGCGGCACCUGCGGCUCCUCUCAGCAAAGACCGUCGGCUCGGCGGCAGCAGCGCGGGCCCCAGCAGCCUCGGAAGCCACAGCCGCUGUGGCCGGGGUAGCCUCCGCUGCGAUCCCCUCCUCUGAUGCACCUGCCCGCUCCCGGCCCCGGGACUCCGGGAGAAUGUGGGUCCUAGGCAUCGCGACAACUUUUUGCGGAUUGUUCUUGCUUCCAGGCUUUGCGCUGCAAAUCCAGUGCUACCAGUGUGAAGAAUUCCAGCUGAACAACGACUGCUCCUCCCCCGAGUUCAUCGUCAACUGCACGGUGAACGUUCAAGACAUGUGUCAGAAAGAAGUGAUGGAACAAAGUGCCGGGAUCAUGUAUCGCAAGUCCUGUGCAUCAUCAGCCGCCUGUCUCAUCGCCUCUGCCGGGUACCAGUCCUUCUGCUCCCCAGGGAAACUGAACUCAGUGUGCAUCAGCUGCUGCAACACCCCUCUUUGCAAUGGGCCAAGACCCAAGAAAAGAGGUAGUUCUGCUUCCACCCUCAGGCCACGGCUCCCCACCACCAUCCUGCUCCUCAAAUUAGCCAUCUUUUCAGCCCACUGCUGAAGCUGAAGGAGAUGCCACUCACUCCUGUAUUGUUCUUCCAGCCAUCCUUUUAUUCUAGGUAGGGAGCAGGAGUCCGUGUUCUCUUUUUGUUCCUUUGCAAAUAAUGAAAGCACUCCAUGUAAAGCAUUUUUGUAAACUCAGUCUGACUGAAUUUUCAUUAUGUACUUGAAGGAAGGAGGUGGAGUGAAAGUUCACCCCUACGUCUGUGUAACCAGAGCCAAGGCCAGGCUGGCACAGUCAGCCCUUAGAAGUCACUGAGGUGGGCACUGCCUUUUGCAAAGCUGCCAGCAUCCAUUCCACCCCUGAUGGGGGCAUAGUUUAUUUUGAGACUGCAGUGUGAGGGUGACAUUGUUUUCUUGGGGAUGGAGGGGCAGUUCCCACUCAAGGCUUCUUCACUAGACAUUCAAACUUCAUGCUCCGGAAAACCAUUCUCUGCACCAGCAUUGGCUGGUUUUGCACUUGAGCUGGGCUCCAGUAACUCCAGACUCAAUGGUUGGGGCUUAGACUGUGGCUCCGCCUCGCUCUGAAAAGUGCUUAAGAAAACCUUGUUAGUUCUCCUUGCAGAGGACUGGUGCCGGGAUGCGAGGAAGAGCAGGGGGCGCUGCGCAGAGUGGGCGCUGUCCAUGGUGGAGAGCGCUUGGGCGCGCAGGCGCUUCUCGUGGUUGGCAUGCUGCAGCGACAAGCGACAGCACAGCACCUGCACGAACACCCGGCGGAACUGCUGCGAGGACACCGUGUACAGGAGCGGGUUGAUCACCGAGCUGAGGUAGAAGAACGUGUCCGAGAAGGGGAGGAGGAUCAUGUACGCCCGGAAGUAGGACCUCGUCCAGUUGUGCUUGGGUUUGGCUGCAGCCAUGAUCCUCCGAAUCUGGUUGGGCAUCCAGCAUAUGGCCAGUGUCACAACAAUCAGCCCUGGGCAGGCACCAGCAGGAGCGGGGAGGGGGAGCGGAGACAGAGAAAAACACAGCAUGAGAAUGCAGUAAAUAAAUAAAUAAAACCAUAAAAUAUUUAGCCCCUCUGUUCUGUGCUUACUGGCCAGAAAAUGGUACCAAUUUUUCAGUGUUGUGCUUGACAGCUUCUUUUGCCAUGAGCAAAAGAGAAUUUAACACUGGUUCAAACCCGGGGGUGUUGGCUGUGUUAAAGACCAUUAAAUGGUUUAGACAGUGUAUUUAUACUGGUUGAUGUCUGUUAAUUUUAAAAAAAUGUUUUCAUUGGUGUGUGUUUGUGUAUCCAGAAAGCAUUUUAUGUUAUCCAUAAAUCUGGUUUUGUAUUUUCAUUUUAAAGAAAAAGAUAUGUAUACAUAUAGCUGCAUUAGAUAAAGCAGUGUUUGUAUUUUAAAGGAUGUCUGCACAAAGAAAACCUAGAAGACCUAAUGAUAUUUUAAAAUCAAAUGGAAGUUGUAUCCCUUUGGCAACAAAGCGGCACAUUUAAUGACACCGGUUUUGCAUUCAGUUUCAAGGGAAGCAAAAUCAGAAAUAGCGUGUCACCAAGAAUGUUUUUUGGACAUAUACAUGCUAGGUAUGCACACCUAUAAUCAUGCUCAUCUCUGCAACAGCACGUGCUUCUUUUCAGACACUUAGAUUCAUCAUCUUUUCCACCCCCAUAUGGGGAAAAAGAAUUAUUCAAAGAUGGCAAAUAUAAAACUGCAGCCAGUAACAUAUUCCCUUCCUUUGCAGCACUGAGCUGUGCUGUCAGCAGCCCAGAAGCAAUCAGACCCUCGAGAAAAGACCACUUAAAGGCCCCUUAUGUAGCUCAAAUGUUGACUGUAUGUACAUUUGUUUGCAUGCCCACAAGUUUGUAUUCCAACUUAUGUAACCGCCACUAGAUUCUGCAAUUCUGACAGAGAGAAAGAUGCUACACCAACCAUAAACAAUUGAAGCAUGAGAAUUUACAGUGACAAAAGAGAAAAGGAAGAUCAGGGGAUCUGCAGAGCAUUUGUUGUCUCUUUUCUUAAGAAGCCAAGACACCCAGAAUAUAAGUUCCCCGGUAGAGAGCUGCUAUGUUAAAGCAGUAUUUGCAUUUUCAGAAAUGCUUCCUUCCUCUCCUAAAUUUCAAUCAUAAUAAGAAACAUUUAUUCACUUUCAAUCCUCUGAUUUUCUUGGAAACCAUAGGAAACUGACAGUUGGCAAUGAAUAUUUCCUAUGACUCAUGGUCAAUAUUUUAUUAAUAAAUGGGGGCCAGACAUGGUGGUUCAUGCCUGAUAUCUCAGCACUUUGAGAGGCCAAGGCAGGAGGAUCACCUAAGACUAGAAGUUUGAGACCCACUUAGGCAACAUAGCAAAACCCUAUCUCGACAAAAAAAAAAAAAAUAGAAAAA